AUGGUUUCUCGAACUGUUUGGAUUAUCCUCAAAUGCGUUCUGGUUCUUGCAGCUGUUGCCUCAUUGAUAGGUAACUGCGUCUUGAUAUGGCUCAACACUCAACACACUCCACAGUGCCCUGCUCAACAGGUUAACUCGAGCCAAACUGCGGUGCACAAUGAGCGCAGUGACGUCUUUGCUGACCUCUCGUUGGAAGAGUUUCUACAGGUGCGGGACUACAUGUCCAAGAUCCCAGGCCUCUCUUUUGAUCCGGCUUCACCUCCUUCAGCUGACUACCUGUAUCUGAUUGACCUGUCCCUGCCAAAAAAACAGGAUGUUUUGCAUCAUCUAGAUGCCAACGGACCAAAACCAGCAAGAGAGGCGACUGUGGUGGUUUUUUAUGGAAGUAAGAACCACAUAAAAGAGUAUAUAGUGGGCCCUCUCCCCAACGCAACCUACCACCACGAUGUCACCACUGAGAGAUAUAAAAGGGAUCUUCCACUGACUGCACGUCCGGUAUAUUUUGGGGAGCACAUUCUUAUAGCAAAAUUUCUGCAGGAUGUACUUAAGCCCCUCAGUACGCUGCUGAAUGACAGUUUUGGUAUAGAUGCAUCUGGAUACCCUCCUUUCUAUGACAGCAUGCCCAGAGGAGUCAAGUCAGGGGACAGACAGACCUGGUUUUCACUAUGUCGAAAUGAGGAGGGCUUCUACAUCCACCCAGUGGGCUUUGAGAUCUUAAUCGACCACCAAAGCACCAAUUUUCUGUCCUGGCGUGUGAUCAAAAUUUUUUAUAACGGCCAGUACUUUGACAGUCCCACAGAACUAAAACAGCAAUAUGAGGCAGGAACUGUGUCAAAAGUCUUCUACAAACCUGUGCCAAAUUACGCAUCACUGAAACCCAAGCAGAAACCCACGGGUUUUGGACCCCAGCAGUUUUAUGUACAAGGCAAGAGAUUCAGUUUGAAGAAAAAUCACAUUGUAUACCUUGACUGGAGCUUUGCCUUCGGUCUGAGCGCGCUUAGAGGCAUGAGAGUUUUUGACGUUCGCUUCAGAGGGGACAGGAUCAUCUAUGAGCUAAGCGUUCAGGAAGCCAUGUCAGUCUAUGGGUCCGCCACCCCAAAUACCAUGCUCACCAAGUUCCUGGAUGGCAGCUUGGGCAUUGGUCGGUUUGCGUAUGAGUUGGUCAGGGGGGUCGACUGCCCGUAUUCAGCCACCUUUAUAGACACUUUCCAUUUCCUGGACACUGGUAUUCCACGCCAGCUCAGAAACUCAAUUUGCAUCUUUGAGCAUGACAUGGGCCACCCUCUACGUAGGCACUUCUCAGAGGACUUCUACAGGAGUUAUGGAGGACUAGCAAACAGUGCCUUAGUGUUCAGGACGAUCACAGCUAUAGGAAACUAUGACUACAUGUGGGAUUUCAUUUUCUACCAGAGCGGCUCAGUGGAGGCCAAGGUGCAUGCCUCCGGCUACAUUGCCUCCUCCUUCACACUGUCCAACAGCUUUCCAUUCGGUCACCAAGUCGCAGAAAAAGUCACCGGAAAUAUCCACACCCAUUUUCUUAACUUCAAAGUGGACCUUGAUGUUUUAGGAAUAAGGAAUGUAUUCCAGACCAAAGACAUGGAGUUUGUGAAUGUCUCGCUGCCCUGGAUGCCUGAACGUUAUGCCAUGAUCCCUAAAGUGGUGGAGAAACAGCUGCAAACAGAGCAG